AUGUCUAAGGUUUGGAAAGCCUUUCGAACGCAUCCCAAAAAGUCUUUCGCCGCCAUUGCAUUUACAGCUUACGGGUGUUCUUGUUUAUUAGAUCGAUACAAUGAGGAUAUUCUGCGACGAAGAUUAUGUGACUCUGUCAAGCCUCUAGGUUACGCCACCAUUCCUGCAGAUCAUCGCCUUCGGCGACUAACUGUGUUCCUCAACCCCUUUGCACGUCGAGGCAAGCUCUUGAAGGAGUUUGAAAAGAACGUUGCCCCCAUCUUACAACUCAGUGGACUCGAUAUCCAUAUGGUUUAUUCGGAUAAUGACGCCGAAAUAAAAGACUUCGUCUCCGUACUAGAUCCAACCGGAACAGAUGGGAUCCUGAUCGCCAGUGAUGAUCACGUCUUGCAGAAGGUAGAUGGCUUUGGUUUAGUGACCUUUCCCGUCAAUUUCCAGGCAAUUACUGCUCUAAUUCAAAGGUCAGACUUUGCGACGGCUAAGCUGUGCACUCUGCCGGUGGGAGUGGUUCCUGUCGGUGUUUGGAAUACGUUCGCUCAUUCGUUGACCUCGUCAGAAAGUGCCUUGCAGUUUGAAUACGACCUACUGAUACCAGUGUUAAAGGAACGGAAAAAACGAACUCACGUUCUGGAGAUUUCUGCCAUCCAGCCUACGGAUAACAGUCCAAUCGCGAUGGCUCCCAAUCAAGCUUCUCCCAUUCUCGCUUUGUCUGACGUAAAUGGUGGCGCAUCACCUGCACCGCCUGCUCGACAAACUUAUGCUCUCCUAGGUCUCGAAUGGAGCAUUUGGCGGGAUGUUGAACUCGGUGGUGGCGCUGGCGCUUCAAAGAGUAAAUCUAAGCCGAUCGAUACUAACGAACAUCGAGGUCUGCUCUUUCCACUCGCUGCUUUUUCUCCACUAACAUGGAAGCGACACCUUGGGGUCAUAUGGCGACAUGGUUUAUUCUGGAUUACCUCGACCAAUCCUACAAGCUCCCCAAAUGAACGAUUUCCUGUUGUGCAAAUGGCCUCUGAAGGCCUUGUUUCCACCGCUCCAACUCCCAAGCGUCGUCUCCGGGUUAAGCAGGCCAAAAUUGUAUACACGCCUGCGUGUGAAGGAUGUUCCAAGUGCUGGGAUUCCAAUAUUCAGAACGAAGACUCCAGUUCCAAAGGUCCAGUCAAAAGAAAGUCUUCAACCUUUAGCCAACUCUUUGGGCUGUCACGAGUUCGUACCCAAGCGAAUACCAACAACAGCGGAAACGUUGAACCGACUGAACAAGUGGAAGAUCGCAGUGGCGUGGUGAAUGAAGAAUGCGGUAGGGAGUACACAAUUGAAUUACGGAAUGUGUCCAGCGUUGUGUUGGCACUUGACAAGAGAGCCUCAUUUAAGGAUUGUCGUUCCUUCUGGGGUACGCAACCUGACUCUGACAACGCCAUCGUUCGGGCCCGCUUAGCACUUCGCUUUCCGCCUGCACCACGCGUACCAAAAGAGAGCAGCUCCGUUCAUCAACUUCGACAAUUUUCAGUAGCCGAAGAAUAUCGAGCUGAUCUGGCUAGAAAGAUACUAGAAAAGCACAGUCAUGUGGACGAUGAGGACUUUGGAGGAUGA